ACGUCACUUGUCAUUAACUCCUCAGUAUGGUCGCUUUAUUUACUCAGUAAUUAAUUUGCUUUAUUUUUUGUUAUUAAUUAAGUGAUUAAUUUUUAAAUAUUGUAAGUGAUAAUGAAAAUUUAUUUAAAUAUUGGGUUUUGUUUUUAUUUAUUUGGAAUUGUUUGUACUAAAGAUUUUCAACCGGACUCAGUAAUAAUUUCACUAGAUACUGUUAAUAGUUUGCAUCACAAUGGCCAAGCGUUUUACAAUAAAACAAUUUUAUCAGCUUUAAAAAAAACUUCAGUACUAAUCAGUAACAUUCCACCUGAGUUAUCAUUUAUCAUAAUUCAAGUACAUGCUCAAGAAACAAAUCUUACACUUGAUAUACAAAAUGCUCAAAAUAAAAUAACGCAGAUAAAUGGCUCGAAUAUCGGGCUGCAGUUAGACUCGAAAGCUAUAUCAUUCACUCAAAUAAAUGUGAUAAAUAAUAAUAAUAAGACUGUACCAGCCUUGAUAGCUAUCACUGCUUAUACUUUACAAGCUCCAGUUCCGGGAGGGUGUAACAUGGAAUUUGAUAUCGAAGUAUCGCCUUAUCAAAAAUUAUUAUUGACAAAUUCCACAGUAAUUAUUGAUUCGCAGCCAGCAUCUGUUUCUCUUAUCAAUGGAUUAAAGUUACCAUGCGAAAAAAAUUUAAUAACUUAUGAAGCUUAUCGUCUGUAUACUGACGAAAGUGAUUUUAGUAAUGAGACAUAUUUUUCUACUAUCAUUAAAAUGCUUACUGUUGAUAAUAUAGUCAAAAAUGGUGACAAGGUACCAACAUUAUUUUACACGUCACCAAUGCGAAGAAUUUACAGCUUAUACCCAGGAGUAGGAUCUGCUUACGUAAUGAUCGCAACAUUUAAAAACCAUUCAUCAGCAUACGUACCAAUAUUUUCUUACUCCUGUACUCCAUUUUCUGAUGACAAGUCUUGUUAUUAUUUAAACACAACAAUAUCAAAAGUACUUUGUGCCUCGGUACUAUUUUUCGGAAUAUUUCUAACAUUCAUAACCCGUCGUCGUUAUGAAGUGGAAUUAUUUUUACUCGGAUGUUUAGCCGGUGGUAUUGUCGGCUAUACAAUAUUUCAAGACAAUGAAUUGGACAGCAAAUUAACAAUAAAUUUAUCAAUAAUAAUUGGAAUAAUAAUGGGUUUAUUACUGGUAAUACUCUGGUGUAUUAAAGGAAUGCCAUGUAUUGGAAUUCUUCAAGCGUCAUUGUUCCUCGGUGCUUUGGUGGCCAGUACAGCGUACUUAGGAAUGCCAGAUGGCCAACUACCAUUAGUCAAUGACACAAUAUUUUGGAUAAUUUACGUAACAAUAAUAAUAAUUGUACUAUUAUUACUUUGUAUAUUUUCCCCGAAUUCGAAUAUUAUUUGUUGCGCUUUUAUUGGCGCGUUCGCAAUUAUUUUGCCGAUUGACUACUGGAUUGGCUCGAGUCUCAAAUACAUUAUUAUCAAUACUGUACGGAGGAUUACAAUCCAUGGAUUUAACGUCGCUAUUAUUCAUCCACCCUUCCAAUCCAAAGACAUAUGGCUAUCAAUCUUCUGGGUACUGUUGGCUCUACAAAGUAUUCAUUUGCAAAGAAAAAGAUUAAAUGGCACUCCAAUAUUUCCACGUCGUGUCGAUUAUAAUUCAAUUGAUUCUGAGAGUUCUUAUCCAAUUAUUACCGAGGAACCUCAUCAUCAACGCACAUUUUUAAUUGGAAGGAAUAUUAAUAGUGCUAGAAAUUACACCACAUUUUUGAAGUAAAAGUAAAAGUGAAAGCUCAAUAUUUUUAUACAAAAGUUAUCUAUUUUAAAUAUAUAUAUUUUUUUA